GUGAAAUAAUAGAAAAAAACAAAAACGUUUUAGAGACAAUCAAAUGGCUUACCCUAACCAAAUUUCAUCGGUUGCAGCGGUUGUGUUUCUAGCGGUUGCGAUUGCUCCACUGUUAGCUGAGCCGGUGUCACCGAUGUUUCCAAAUAUGACUCCUGAAUGUGCCACGGUGAUGCCUGACUUGCUCGAUAAGUGUUUUGGAACCGUUAGAGUUACACCAACGGAAGAAUGUUGCAACGAUCUCAAAUCCGCAACCACAACGCAAGUCACUUGCCUUUGUGAUAAUUACAUUGCAAACCCGACGAUUGUGAACAUUACCGGACCUUACUCCGCCGGAAUCACAACUAAAUGUGGCGUUUUCAACAAAUACUCUUGCGACGGUACAGGUAAAGGAGGAGAAACCGGAAGCAGCAGCAGUAACAGCAGCUCCACCAGCAAUGGCAAAGACAAUAGCAAGAGUGAGGUCAACGGAGGAGCAACAAACAAGAUUGCUGCAUCAAUGGCUGUUUUUGGCUUGAUUGCAAGUCUGGUCUUCGUUAUGUUCUAAUUUAUAGUUAUUUAUUUUUUUACGUAAUUUUUUCUUCUUCAUUUUUAUUAAAUAAACUCUUGUGAACUUAAAACGGAAAAACGGCUUUUACAUAUCUGCAUAAUUACAAUAUGAUGAAUUCAUACAUCAGACUAUUGACUGUGCUUAAA